AUGGUGGACGUCCUGGGCGGCCGGCACCUGCUGACCCGCGACGGCGCGUGGGUGGAGGCCGAGGCUGCGCUGCAGAACAAGGUGGUGGCUCUGUACUUCGCCGCGGGCGGGUGCGCGUCCAGCCGCGACUUCGCACCGCUGCUCCGCAGCUUCUACGCCAAGCUGGUGGCGGAGGCGCGGCCCCCCGCGCCCUUGGAGGUGGUGUUCGUGUCCGCGGACCGCAGCGAGCAGGAGAUGCUGGACUUCAUGCGGGAGCAGCAGGGCGCCUGGCUGGCGCUGCCCUUCUACGACCCCCUCCGGCAUGAGCUGAGGACCAGGUACCACAUCUCAGUCACCCCCAGGCUGGUGGUUGUGAAACCGAGCGGGGAGGUCAUCACCGACAAAGGGCGGAAGCAGGUCCGUGAACAGGGGCUGGCCUGCUUCCAGAACUGGGUAGCGGCUGCCAACAUCUUUCAGAAUUUCUCCGGAUGA